CUGUUGCUGGAAGGAACACAGUGAUAUAUUGUUGAAUUUAUAUCUAGAGUUGGGAAAUGUUUGAACAUGCUUGUUCUGGACCCAUGGAUAUAUAAUACAUUUGAUAUAACUUGGAUACAAUCAUGUGUAUAGGCUACAAUACAGUCUUGUGUUCUGGGAAAUUUUUCUGUGACAUUUUUUGACAUGCGGAAAUCAAUGUCAAAUAUAGGUGCUUUCAAAGGAAUAGGCAUCUGAUGGUGCUCUUGUUUUCUCUCUCAAUAGCUCUGAUGGACUGUCAUGGGUUUCACUGUCUGACUGAUAAGGCAUGGGUGUAAUUCUAAUUAAAUGUUUAACUAUUUAUAAACAGUAUAUUGUGGCAGUAAUCCAUUUGAAGGAGAUAGUGGUAUUGAUUUAAGAGCUGGUGAGGAUGGACACAAUUUACUCUGGGAAAUGUGUAAAUCCCACAACUUGCUAAAAGCUGUAACUUAUAGUGAAGCCUUAAUUGAUAGUGGCUGCACUUGAUGUGAUAGGUGUGAUAAUCAGAUGGUUAUCUUGUUAGAACAAUUUCUAUGUUAUAAAUAAUAAAUAGCCCAGAUUACUGGGAAAUAACUGGAUUAUUGGAUGGAAACAGCAGGACAAAGAAGCGUUUGCCCUGAAACAUCAAUCAACCAAUUAAUGAUAGCGUUGGCGCUUCCCAGAAGUCAAUUAUGACUGUGUUUGAAUAAUAGAGAGAACUCGGCUGAUCCUGGCACUUUUGUAUAAUGGUUUUGAUACAGGGUGGUGGAACCUUGCAAGCCCAGUGUAAGAACACGCUAUGGAUGAUAGUAGAAGCGGAAGAGAAUGCUUCCAAGUCCCCAUCCCCCUCGCAUACCCCUGACAGGGAGUCGGAUUCAGGGGGCUUUAGUGACUCUCAGGGGUCGGGAAACGUGAGCCCCACCAUUACUGACAUGGUGAUUGGGGACAAGAUGGCUGCUUUUGCGCACUCAAGCCAGUCUGAGGAAUAUGAAAGUGAACUCUGCUCAGCGUGUAUGCCAACUAAUGCUGUUAAGGGUGGAGCAUUCACACCUUUGCCUUCAUCUAGUACCAGUGUGACUGAUUAUGAUGAAUGGUUGGAUGAUGAAUACAAAGCAGGUGAUGCUAAAAGACUUGUUUUUGACAGUAGGCUUCAGAAAAUUAAGUGUUUUGACAUCAAUGACCUAGAUCAAACUGAUGCUGAUACGAAGGGUCCGCUAGAUGACCUAGAUCUAUUACAAGGGGCUGGGGUGAUACCCCCUCCUAUGCCCCCUCUUACGCUACUCAAUGGAUGUAAAUCUAAAGUGGGUGAUUCAAGGGAUUGUAAAUGUAAAAUCGUCUUCCGUAGAUGUGAAGAACUGCCGUUUGGCUGGGAGAAAGUGGAGGAUCCUCACUAUGGAACAUAUUACAUAGACCAUGUGAACAGAAAGACCCAGUAUGAACAUCCAGCCUCUGCAUUAAAGAAGAGUGCCACAGCUGAUGAAAUAAACAGCAGCACUUUGCCGAGAAGGGGGAAGAACACAGACGUAUCUCGGAGGUCCAUCAGUGAUGCAGAUAUGAAUGGGCGGAACACACCUCCAGCCUAUCGCCCCCGAUCCCGGAAGAGCAAGACGCCGCAUACUAAACGAGCCCAGAAGCCUGUGUUUGUGAAGAGCCCUAGUGAGCUGCAGGGCGAGGUGUUCACCACGCGGCUGCUGAAGGGAGAGCGGGGGCUGGGCUUCACCAUCAUAGGGGGCGACAAUCCGGACGAGGAGUUCCUGCAGAUCAAAAACGUUGUGCUCAACGGGCCUGCGUUUGUGGACGGCAAGCUGCGUACAGGUGAUGUGUUAGUGCGGGUAAAUGGGCAGCUAGUAUUAGGUUACACGCACCAAGAUGUUGUCCAACUUUUCCAAACCAUUCAGCCGGGGGACUAUGUUGACCUAGAGGUGUGUAGAGGUUACCACCUACCAUUUGACCCCGAUGACCCAAACACUGAGAUUAUCACCACUAUCGCCGUGGGUCAUAACGACACACGAAGCUCCAACUCUCCAGCGUCUCACGGUUCUCGUGAUAACGUUGAUCGUAACGAUAUGUCAUCACGAAGCUUAAAAUCAUUGCCAGAACUUGUUAAGUCUGCUCAUUCUAAUACAGUGUUAGACUAUUCACAAUCGAGACAGCCGCCAGACAUAAGUGCACCAGAUGUGUUAGGGCAGGCGCAGGGUGAGAUUAUUUCAAUUGACAUCGUGAGAGGUGACAAUGGUUUCGGGUUCACGAUAGCGGGCAGUCAAAGUGGGCAGAAAGUGAAGCAGAUUCUGGACCAGCCGCGAUGUCGGGAGCUCCAGGAAGGGGACUUCAUUCUGCAGAUCAACAAUAUCAGCGUGGCUGAGAUGACCCACAGUCAGCUUGUACAGGUGCUGAAGGAGUGUCCCAUAGGGGAGGCAACUCAGAUCAUUGUCCAGAGGGGAGGAAUUCCACCAAAAGGAAAGCGGCCCAACAAACUGAAUGAUGAUCCUCGUGACCGACUGGAAAGCUCUGAAGGGUACAUUAAUAUGUCAAGAGUCCGUGAUGAGUUAGAUGGUAUUGGUGUUCCACCCGAGAUUCCAAGAAGACCACGAACACCCUCCAAUGAAAAUGGACCGAAAACGCCUUUAGAACCCCGUCCAAAAACACCCACAAGACUAGCCUUUCAAGGAGGCAACAAUUCUCGUGCAAAUAUUACCACCCCAAACAGUGCUCAUUUAGCGCGUAGGGAUUUUCCGGAAACUUCACGUGAUUUUAGUCAAAAUGAUGAUAGUUUUAAUGCAACCACAAGACCUCCACAAGGACCGCGCAGUGACCAUUUUAACACAUCAAGAGGUCGUAGUAAUUUUAAUAUGCCCAAUUUUAACGAUAGGGACCCAUAUGGUCGGACAGACACUGUUCGCCCAGGGCAGUUCCGUAGCAGGACCCCUGGACCAGAAAUGAUGCAACGUUCAGCUUUUCCUGAUUACAGGACAGACCCGAAUAGGCCAAAGACACCCACUGCAUCAGACAUGCGCAGCAAAACCCCGAUACCUGGUCUAUAUGGCCAGGCUCCUGGGGGGAAUCCGGACUAUGCAAGGAAUAAUGUUUGGGGUACUAAUGGUGUUCCGUAUAGAAACUUUGAUCCUAAUUCUCGGACUAGAGGUUCAGGUAUCCCAGAUAAUAGUUUUACGCCAAACAUGCAACGAAGGGAUCCGACUGAGUUAAUGAGAAUGAACUCGGUAGGUGCUGGUCGCCUACCCCAACAGAGUACAUCAUUUGACUCAGAAGACCCGUUUCAGGGCAAUAUGUCACGUGUUCCGCGCCAUCCCCCAUACCAGAACUCUUCAUUCGGAGGUGCACAGUCGCCGCGACCCUUCCGUUACCCUGGUAGCGUAGAAGACAAUGCUAAGUAUAUAGAGAUGAAUGUAACCUUACAGCGACAGGAAAGUGGGUUUGGCUUCAGGGUCAUUGGAGGGACUGAAGAUCGUACUCAGGUUGGUGUAGGUCACAUAGUACCAGGUGGGGCAGCGGAUCGGGACGGGAGACUGCAGACCAAUGACGAGAUUCUCUUCUGUGACGACGUAUGUGUGAUCAAUGCCUCCCACCACAAGGUCGUCCAGCUGAUGAGCAAAGCCGGCCAGCGCGGUCAGGUGUCCUUGGGCAUCCGACGGAGGAUUGCUCCAUAUACAGACGAUUACCCGUAUGAUGUAAUAGUCAAUCGCAGGGAGCAGGAAGGCUUCGGUUUCAUCAUCAUAUCGUCCGUGUCUAAGGCCGGGUCAACGAUAGGUGAGUUCAUCGACAGGUAUUCUCUGUAUGGUUCCUACUCGGCAGAUGACAUGUUCAGUAAACGAAACAUGUAUCCGUGGAUUGGUCGUAUCAUAGAGAACAGCCCUGCUGAGCGUUGUGGGCGGCUGCGUGUGGGGGACCGUAUCCUGAGAGUGAAUGGCGUGGACAUCUCCCACCUCAACCACCAGGACAUCGUGAACAUCAUCAAGGAGUCCGGCCUGUCUGUCACACUCACUGUUGGACCACCUAUAGAAGACAAGUCCAGUAACACAUCAAGGGGAUCCCAGAGCUCCAUGGUGAACGUGAUGGCCCUGCCAACCCUGAAUGACUCAGACCGGGGCUUCAAGUUCCCACCCCCACCCCCACCAAAGGACGUCAACCGCAAUCAGGAAAUCCUGGAGGACCAGAUCUACUUGGUAGAUCUUAACAGGGGUCACCGGGGGUUUGGCUUCUCCAUAAGGGGUGGACAGGAGUUCAACAACAUGCCCCUGUUCGUGCUCCGAAUUGCAGAGGGAGGGGCGGCAGAUCUGGAUAAAAGACUGAGGGUAGGGGACCAGUUGUUGAAGAUCAAUGGGUACACCACUGACAGUAUGACCCACUCUGAGGCUAUCGACAUCAUACAGAAUGGUGGGCCUAACCUGCACUUGGUCGUCCGGAGAACGGGAAAACCACCACCCAGCUUUGAGCCCUCCCCCUCCCCAGGGACAAGAUAUCCCCCAGCAGGGCCUCUUACUAACGGCCCCAUAGGUCAGAGUUCACCAUAUCUUGGGCGACGCAAUAUCAACUUUGAUAGCAGGGAUGAACAUGUGUAUUACAAUCAUGCUCCCAACAGAACUUACCUGAACAACUGACUGUAAAAUGAGUGGGUUAAUAAAUUAUAUGUACCAUUCUCAAGUGGAGAAAAUUUGCAGCAGCCAGGCAGUAUUCUAUCAGGUUUCCACAGAACAUCAUUGAAGGCUUCAUAUGCCAUGUUGCCAACUGAGUCGACGUCAUAUGAAUGACCUUCCUGACAGAGUGUGUCUCAUUGGUAACAUGUUGUUAAUGUGGACACUUCUGAACACUUCCAGUGCCAACCACCAGUCUCCUUAUACUGCAAGGAGCUGGUGAGCUAGGGGAUGCUUGUAUGGUUGGGGAAAGGGAAAGAGAACUGCCGUAGAUUAUUGCAGACCAAUAUAACACAUAUUGGUACAGGAGAGGUGCCAGUGGAUGUUAGAUGACUCGCACAUGAAAUGAAACUGAUGUAGCAUUGUGUAGCAUUCAUGUUAAGUACAAGUAGUGUUUAGAAUACAAAACAACAAUUAUGUACUCUGUGAUGUCCGAUUUGAUAUUAUAUUGUAAGAACAAUUUAUGUUAGCUAUGUGAUAUUAAUUGAUCACUUAUAAGGAAAUUAACACAUAAGGAAUUUACAUUUUGCAUAUAUUGUUUAACAAAUCUUUCAAAUUCUGGGCUAAUGCUGGAAAAUGUCAAAUUAUUGAGCGAUUUCUGUGCAAAAUUACAUUGCAGUUAAGAGAAGUUAUUAUAGAACAUGUAGAUUUAAUGAGACCAAAAGAAUAUAGUAAUUUUUUAUAUGUUAAUCUUGUUUGCAUAUGCACAAAAUAAUGUGAUAUGAAUGCCUAUGUUUUACAUGUACGUGUGUGUACAAAUGUAAUUAACAUGAGCAUAUCUGUGUUACUUAUCCUUAAUCAAUGCCAGUACCCUUCAGGUUGUUUUAAAAUGUUUUAACUAUCUUAAACUGUAAGCCAUGCUUUGAAUUAAGUAUUUCAAUAUUGUAUUUUAAUGUAUUUAUCCUCCAAUUGUAUGACAUUGCAUGAGUUGCCAAAGUUGCUGGAGACUAGUGCUAGUGCCUUUACAAGUUUAUUCGCUGAAUAUUUAGGAGUGCAUCAUGUUUUGCAACCAUUUUGUAGCCUACAUGAACACAACAGGCUUGUGGUGAUCUUUUUUGAUUUCCUUUGUCCGUCGUUAGUCAUGAUUCAUCAAUCAUUUCCUUGUUAACAGGCAAGUGCCAUAUUUAUUGCCCAAUCUUCAUGAACAUUUGUCCCAAUUAUUUCUCGUUUGAGUUUGAAAGUGUGAAGUGUGGAGUAAAAAAGUAGGUCACAUGGUCAAAUUAAAGAAAAAGCUUAUGAACAUUUUAGAGGGCACGUUUAUUGCCCAAUCUUUAUGAUUUUUGUCCUGAAGAAAUUCUAUUGUGAUAUCUUGUGUAUGCUACCUGCUCAAAGUUUAGUUCCUUGAAUCUCAGGUGAGCGCCUAAGGUCUCUUGGCCGGAAAAAUAAGUGAUUCAAUACUUUACAAUGUUUAGAACAAAUCCCUUUUAUCUUAUAAGGAAUCAAGAAGCUAUACAUUUUUGCUGCUGGUGAUCCUUGAAUAGUAAGUUGAAGUUUAUUUGCUUGACUUAGACCUGUGUUACAGCUUUCUGAUCAUGUUUCAGAGGAACAGAAAUCAAAAUACAAACGAAUGCCAAGUGCUCUUAACUUGCAAGACAAUACAUUCCAUUCUUUAUGAACAUGGUGGGUUAGAUGUCUAAAUAUAGCAAAAGGAGCUUUUAUUACUCUAUGUCUUGAGUAUUAAUUUGUUGCCUUUUAAGUGUUUUAUUAAAAUUAGCAGAAUUGUUUUCUUCUGCAAAGUCUGCGAUUUGACAUCAGAGAUUUAAAUUUCAAGACAUUAGGCUAAUAAUGUUAAAACUUCCAAAUCCAACAGUAUUCUCCAAUGGUAUUUCAACAGAAAAUGUUUAACAUGAUAUUAAUAUUUAUUGUCUUCAAGAGUUGAAUAAGUAGACAUUAAACCAUUUCUCAGUAUACAAAUCAAUUUAUUCCUGUUUAAACAUUUGAUAUUGUUUUGCAAUCAGCAUUGUGAAAAGACAAGCAAGUAAUUUGAAUUUGUAUCUUUGUUGGCAGCAAAAAUAGAAACUGUGCAAUGCUAUGUUAAGUUGAGCCUUUUCCCUAUGUUUGUCCAUUAUUUUGUCAUUCAUUGUAUACUGGUCAUGUAUGUAAUUCCGGCCUGUACGUAAAAAAUAGGCCACCUGUGUAAAAUCAUUUUCAUGAUCUUAAAUGUCACAAAUAUAGCAGGAAAUAUUUGGCUCAUGGGGAAAGUGAUGUCAUUAUUAGUUGCAACAAUUAUAUUCAUAUAAGAAACAAAUAUAUUUGAUAAAAUUAUUUUAAUUUUAUCUAAUAAACUUAAAUUAAAAUUUUACCAAUUAUUUGUACAAAAAAUUAUAUUCAAAACAUACAAAUCAGAACCUAAAUAUAAAUUUUUGAUGUAUGAAUUACCUCCCUUGAUAAGAAUAUUACUAUAUUACAUGUUUAAAUAUUAUAUAUACGCGUUUACUAAUAAUCAACACUGAAGUAAACUUUUUAAACAAAAUGUGUUUACUUUUUUAGCUAUGUUUGAAAAAAUUGAUUAAACCCAUUAAAAACAAGUAUUUUUUUUAUAAAUUAGCAGCUCCCCAUUGUUUAUAUUUAUUAAAAUAGGUAGGGGGAGUAACUGGUAUAAUAAUUUCGCAUUUAUUUUAAAUUUCAAGUCAAAAAUUUUAAUAGUAUAAACAUUGAUUAAUACUCUGAAAUUGAGGACAUUUGUCUAAAGAUAUUGCUUUGUAAUUUUAUCUGCAGAUCAAACUGAAAAGUGGCCUAUUUUUUAGGUACAUUUAACCUACGAAAAUGGAUAGUUUACAUGUCAUCAUUUUCUGUUCAUUAAGUAACAUUCACCGAUCUAAUUCUAUUUAAAUUUUCAUGCUAGGUGAGUUUUGAACCCAGGAUUAUAUAUGUGAAGUUUAGUUUCAACCAGUUGCUUAACACUAAAGAUUUUUCUUAAAUAGUCCCAAAAGUGGCCAGAAUUACGUACAUGACCAGUAUGUUCUUAUUUUCUUUUCCUUUCUUUUUUUACUCAGCAUAUCAUUUACGUUUAGGUUGACAAUGUCUAUCAGUAUUUGAAGGGUUUCGAUUAUGUUAAGAGAUUCAUAUUAUGGUUGUAUCGCUUGUUGUCUGGAACAAAGGUUGUGGAUAAUCUUGAUCAGUGACCACACUAACAGUGGUAGGAGAGAACACUUGUGACAAGGGUUUACAUAGAAAACUUCUUCUCUGGUAUUUGAUGCACAUUUGUAGCUUAUUUAUUAAUUAGAGUGAACUGGUUUUGUGUUUUUCUCAUAUCAUGUAAAAAUUAUAUCUAAAGUUUGUGCAAUUGUUUUAACUCGACAUGUGGGCAUGUGUAUUAUACUUCACUUAUGUAAGUUAUUGUCCUGUAUGUCCAAAUAUUAGUGAAAAGCUUCCCGACCAAUUGUCUAAUUUUCAAAAUCAUUAAAAAUUAGAAACAAAAUACCCAUGAAUAUGUUAUAGAAUUAUGUAGCUUUUAUUUUUGUAUUACACACACGUUACUUUUAGUUAUCAUUUUUAUGCCCAACACAUAACCACUGUAUAUAUCCUUUGCAGCAUUGAGUUCAAUGAUUGUGUACAUGUACUCGUCAUUUACAUCUCCCACCAUUAUGUAACAUAGGUUGACAUACUGUAACAUAUGCUCUGUAACAUAAGUGUAACACACGAAACUGAAACAUAACUUGGUUGUAUGUGGUUGACUGUCUACCCAUAGGCAUCUGGGUCUUCUCAAGUCAUUCAGACAUUCGUAAUACUGGAACACAAUUAUUCUUCAAAAUUUAAACAUCUUUAAAAUUAGUUUCUGUUAAGAAUUAAUACAAUUUCAUUACAAGAAAGCAAUUUAGUAAGUUUAAGGUGCUAAUAUUAGUGAAAAAUCUGUUCCUUAUUUGUUCUUUCAUCAUUGUUUCAUGCUCAUAGUCAUUCUGAUCUCAAACAAGUCUCAUUAUGUUUUAUUGUCUGAAAUAUGAAUGCAAAUCCUGUUCAUAUUCCUAGCUUACCUUUUCAUUGAUGCGCUAUGACGGAAGAUGCAGAUGCCUAUUUGGACUGUGCCAACCAGCCGUGUAUAUUGUUGUAAUACAUCGUUUUGUACAGAGAAUAUAUAUAGCAGAACAAUU